CGCCAUGCGGAUUGCGGACUUGCGCACUUAUCUCGGCGACGUUACAAAGGUUUCAAAAUGGCGUUGAGCUGUAGGACAGCAAGAGCCCUGACAUGGAGAGUUUUUAGUGCGCCGCUAAGUAGAACAAUGGCUGGCGGUCUCGGUGAAGGUGCUGGAAGGGGUGGUGGCAGUGGUGGAGAUAUCAGGAGUGCUGGUGGUGCAUUUGGAAAGAUGGAGGCUGCCAGAGAAGACCAAUAUUUUAGAAGAUUGCAAGAAGAUCAGCUAAAUAGCAUGAAAAGGCAACACCAGGAACAAACCAUAUACCACGAUGAGGAGAUUACAUUCCACCAGGCAGCUAUCAAGAGGCAUAUGGAGGCAAUUGAAAGACACAAGUUACUGAAGACCCAAAGUGAAGCCAAGAUAAGGCAAACAGAGGAUUUGGAAAAACAACAAAUCAUAAAUGACAAAAAGAAGUAAUGGACAGAAAUACUGUUUAGGCCCAAUUUAUCAGACAGAUUAAACAUUCAUUUUAUUGUUUUUGUAAAGUGUGGAUUGAAAAGGAAACAAUGAAUAAAGCCUGGCUUGUAGCUAUCAA